AUGUUGUCUUUGCAGCAUACCAAUUCGAAUCAAGAACAAAACUUAGGAUCUAGCAUAUCGGAAUAUGAUCUCAAUUCUCAAGACGAACUUCAAGUCAUGGAAGAACUGAAUGAUAGCCUAAGCGAAUAUCAUUCUUUGCCUGAUAUUCCUAAUAGUUUGAGCUAUAAUGCUCAAUCAGAUACUGUUGCUGCUUCUGCUUCACCUGGUUUCUUGGGUAUUGAUUUUGAUGGUGAAGAUGAUGAUUGGUUUGAUAAAGAAUUCUCAUCCAAAUGCACAAACUCACAUCACGGUCAUAAUUCAGAGACAAGAUUGGAUCAAAUUCCUUUAGAUCUUCUACCUUCUGCUCCCUUACUUAGACCACAGGCAAUACACCAAGCCAUCAACUUUUCCCCUCUCUGGCUAAAUUCCCCUCCCAGUUCAGUUCUUUCUUCAAAUAAGACACCUGUUCCGUCCUAUAAACAAGGUCAAUUACCUACCAUAUCUUACCCUUUCGAGCCCUCAAUCUUAACUCAAUCCUCUUGCGCAAGAUCAUCAUGCAUGUCGGUGACCAGUAAUAAUUCGAGUAUUACACCGCAUACGGAACACGCCUAUACCACCUCCACCAUUAAUGUGACCUCUCCAGCUGUAGUACUACAAAACCAGGAUGUUUUUCGACCUUCAGAAGAGAUUUCCUGCGGUGAGGUUCACAACGAGGAACCGGCUGAUUCAUCAGUUCUGCUUUCGUUUGUUGUUCCUCACUCAUCUGACGAGAGGUCCAACCGCAAUGCUGCAAGGUCCUCAUCCCACGCAGUCCAACCUGGAUUAAUUUCUCCUCUCAUUCUUCAUGGCUCAUCACUCACUCCAGACUCAAGAUUCUCUGCUGAUAUACAUACUUCGAAUCACACUAAAGAAUCCAGAACUCAACAACUUGGUCGCCUUCUCACUCCCGUAAAAAUCUACACAACUCACUCACUGCUAUACCACACUUCUGAGAGCUUGCCUCUCGGUACAUCCAUCCCUUCGCCACCAGAUACAAGUCUCUCAAUCGGCGGUCCAUCGCUCUUUUCACCUUCUCCUACUGAAAGCUCUACCACUUUCAGCUUGCAUAGUCAUAACAGUGAAUCAGACAGCGGUUAUCUGAUAUCUUCGACCUAUCCUAGCUCGAUCGAAUCUCACGAUUCUCGCCAUAUGAAGAAGAGCCCGCGAUCCUUUUUGCCUCAUUCCGAAUCAUCUGCCUCCACCCCAAGUCCAAAUUCCACAAAAAAACUUGCACCCUCAAUGACAACUGGAAUGUCGUACAAUCAAGUUAAUGAAGAAAUGGACGAAGUGUUAGAUUUUGAUAAUUUCCAAGUUCCGGAAUGUUACAACGAUUUUGUCUUUGCUGAAACCGAUAACGUCGGCUCUGGUGUCGUCAAGAGAAGCAUCUCACAAUCAGACCGACGGCCGUGGACCCGCUCAAGGACAUCUUUACAGCAUGUCAAAUCCCUUGAUCUUGGUUGCCCGAGUAAAAUCCCAUCCCUCUUCGGUCUAUCAAAGCUUAAAUCACGAGAGGCACCACAGAAGAUACCCAUGUCGUCGAGAGAUUCAUUGGAUUCUCAAGGGAAAAAAUCAAUCUUCUGCCGCGAUCCUGUGGAUCCUGUAGUCAAGAAACCGGUUCCUUCGAGAUCAAGAUCUUUACAACUCGUGAAUAAUGUUGACGUCUCACGUCAAAACGCGACUCAAAAUGUUUAUCCACAGUACGGAAUGGAAACUGAGGAUGAUGACGAAGAAGAAGAACUUUCGCGUUGGUUUGAUAUUGCUGAUGAUGUGAUUGCUCGAUCUCAUCAAUCAAUCUUGGAAAGAAAUCGUGCCUUUGUACGAGAUCUCAAGUUGCCUGAACUAGGUAAUGGCCAUACGCCCUCAAACAGCUCAAAUGCCCCUGCAUCUAUCCGAGACUCAUGUGAAUCAGAAGGUUAUGUCUAUGGACCCACUACCUCAAAUGUGCUCGAAGGAUUUUCAAAGGAAUCUCCUAAAGUUCGACUUCACUCACGAAUCGGCUUCCGGCAAACGAAUCGUAGCAAAUCCUCCACUCAUGGUCAUAGUUCACCUGUCAACGAAAGCAAAUCAUCGAAAGCCCAGAAUGCGAUUAGUUCAUUAUAUCAAAGCUUGAGAUCGAAGAAGCAAUCAACUCAAACAGCCAAGCCCUUUGGCUUAAGUCCCAAUUCGAUUCCUAGUGGCUCAGAAUCAUCUCACUAUUCGACCUCCUCUUCAUCCACAUCUUCUCCCAGUCCCAUCACUCAUAGCCCUCAUUCAAUUUUGCUUGAUCAUGGAGAUCGGUCUCAACCUCCAAAACGUUCAGUUAGUCAAUCUAGAAUUAGGUCUUCGAAUAAUUCCAUUCGAGCUGGUUCGAUUCACCAGGGUAGUGGCAAUUCCUAUACUCUUGAAUCGAGCAAAAACUUACAGCAUGCGUUGAAUAACCCAAGGCAUCAUCCUAAUCCUACCGAUCCUUACUCUCAUCUCAUCCAUCCUUGCCGUCCUAGCAAAAAUCGUCAUGCCUUUAAAUAUUCACAGUCAUCCCUGGGUCUUGACUUGAACUGUUAA